GGGCUGUGGCCCUCACUCUGUGCUCUGCUGCGGGGAACUCGGCCGCAGAGCCCUUGGUGGUGGGGCCCCUCACACACAGGUUUGUGGUUUCCUCCUGUUCGUUUAAGAAGCAAACGGGCUGAACUUCUUUAUGCUCAAAAGUUGCUGAAGUCGGGCUCCACGUGGCAUUUGCAUAGUCUGUGCCUCGCUGGCUGUUUGUUUUCUUCCCGUGAGUCAGCACAACCGAGUGUCCCUGAGUCAGCAGAGAACAAGGUUUCCCAGGGCUCUGCCGGCGCCGGCUUUGGGGUACGGUCACCAUGGAAACGUGGGGGGGCCCUGCUGACUGUGCCCCCUCCCUCCGAACAGAGCAGCACUUCCUGACGCAGCUGCAGGAGCUGGGCAUCCUGUCCCUGACCCCCGCCCGCAUGGUCUUCGGGGAGCGGAUCGCUUCCCACGACGACAGGUUUCUGCUACACUUAGCGGACAAAACUGGUGGCAUCAUUGUAACAAAUGACAACUUCAGAGAAUUUGUGACCGAGUCGGUGUCCUGGAGAGAAAUUAUCACCAAAAGGCUGCUCCAGUACACCUUCGUGGGGGACAUAUUCAUGGUUCCCGACGACCCUCUGGGAAGGAGUGGACCCCGAUUGGAAGAGUUUCUUCGGAAGGAAGUCUUCCUUAGGUAUUUCCUCUCCGGAUGGCCGCGUGCUUUCCCGUGUCUUUCCGGGCUUUGUGCAGGUUUAGAGCAAGCAUGUCCCGGGAAGCAAACAGGGCUCCUGAUUUCAUUUCAAUGGUCUCAGAUUGAGUGCGGAUCUUGUCUGUGUGGAAACUAAUCAAGCCGGUGCCCCCGAAAGAGAAAACCUUCAUUUGUGGUCCUUUUGGUUUGGGGGUUUUUUGGCUAGUCCCCACCUGAAGGUAUUUUUCCAUUAAUUUUUAGAGAGAGUGGAAGGGAGGGGGAGAGACAGAGAGAGAAACAUC